AUGAACAAGGUUUAUGCUUUAGCCAAGGACAGGCCUGGUUCAAGUGUUCCUUGGGAUGCUCUUGAAAGGCGUUCUGCAGAAAUGAUUGAUCCAGAGUAUUGGCCAAGUUCAAUCCCCGUGACGGAUCCGAGCCGGCUCCGCCUGGAGUCAACCUCUGCAAUUCUCAAGCUAUGGAGGGACCGUCAAGCCCAAGGAGACAUCCCCUUUAAAUUUUCAAAGGUUUUUGGAAAUGGCUAUGAUAUUAUGGAACCUCUCUAUCCGUCCAACUUGUUUGACGGCCUAGAAGCCCACCCGAUACCUCCACCUCCUGCAGCAAUAACCAAACGUCGCCUGAGGCAAAAAGCUAUACGACUUCAAACCCAAUCUUCAAGCGACUCUGAAUCAUCCAAUCUGUCAGAGUUUGAUAAUGGACGGGGCAGUCCGGCAUCCGCGAUGCCACGCACUACUGCCAGAUUUGAAGUCACGCCAGAGACGGAUGAGACUCCUACCGACGCACCUUCAAGAUCUAGCGAGCCACCCUCUCUACCAAGUAGAUCCAGCCCAACAAUUGUCAAUCCAUCAUCCAGCCCAACUCCAGAGGUUGAGGAGGCGCCUCCCAAGCCAGCUAGAAAGAUUAUGCCAAGAAAAAGAACAAAGCCAUAUGUCGGAACGGCGGAAAUGGACGGACCCGAUGAAGAGAGUUCUGUACCGGCCCCAGUUAAGCCAAAACCAACUAGAAGGAUUUAA